UUUUUAAACAGGUCCAAAAGCGGACAAUUUUAUUUGAAAACUCGAUUAUUGAAGGCUACAAAAAUGCGGAAGUACGCGUUACUUUCCAUCCUCUGGGCUUCCUUGGUGCAAUUGUGCGCAUUCCAGGGGCUUCCCAGCAGGGUAAACAUGAACACCUGGGGGUUUGGACCCUGGGUUCAGUCUUCAGUUGGCAGCCCGUUACCCACGCCGCAAACAUUUCGAUCCACUGCCGAGCAGCUCGUGGUCGACCCCAACAACUUCGUCUUCAACUAUGCUGCAAACACACAGUGUGAAGUGGUCGUCAAGGGCAUUGAAAGGUAUAGGGAAAGGAUUUUCAACCCUGCGAGAUGGCCAAGAAAACCAGCUGAAAAUAACAUACGGCAGCACCCCAAGGACACUUCCAAAGUUGCACAACAACAAGCUGUGAAAGUUUUGCAAAAUCUCGAAAUUAUCAUCAGUGGAUCCGUUUGUGACACGCAACCGAAAUUUGGCGACGAUGAACAAUAUACUCUCAAAAUCAAUUGGGAAGAUUUGGAACCAGGAACUUCCACAUUGUCCUCACCCACAGUUUGGGGAGCUUUGAGAGGCCUGGACACUUUCAGCCAAUUGGUCUUUUUGUCACCAGAUGAUGGAAGAUCAUUUAUCGUGAACACGAGUUUAACCACGGACUUUCCGAGGUAUUCGUGGCGAGGUGUUUUGGUGGACACGUCGAGACAUUUUUUGCCAGUGUCACUUUUAAGGGAAGUCAUCGACAUCAUGGAGCAGAACAAGUUGAAUGUGUUCCAUUGGCACAUUGUGGACGACAACUCGUUUCCUUUUGAAAGCGAAGUUUUCCCUGAGCUGAGCAAUCAAGGAAGAUAUCAUCCUGGCAGAACAUACUCACCAGCUCAAGUUAUUGAUGUGAUUGAACAUGCCAGAUUAAGAGGGAUCAGGGUUGUACCUGAGUUUGACACACCUGGUCACACUCAAUCCUGGGGUCCUGGACAGCCUGGUUUACUCACAGCUUGUUCUCAGGCAAAGUUGACAUCAGCAGCAAGACCAUUCUUGCCAUAUGGUCCUAUUGACCCAUCCAAAGAUGCAAAUUAUGAAUUCUUGAGAAGACUGUUUGAUGAGAUCACCAGGGUCUUUCCUGAUGAAUUUUUGCACUUGGGUGGUGAUGAGGUAGACUUUGCUUGCUGGGCAAGCAAUGAAGAUGUGAAAAACUACAUGGACCAGCUGAACAUAACAGGUGACUAUGCUGCACUGGAAGCUCACUACAUCCACAGACUCAUUGACAUAAUCAAUAGCCUGGAAAAGAAGAAGAAACCAAUUGUCUGGCAAGAGGUGUUUGACAAUGGUGUCCCCCUCAGCAACGACACAGUGGUUCAUGUUUGGAUUGGUGAUAAUUGGCAAGAUGAGAUGGCAAAGGUAACCAGAGCCAACAAGAAAGUCAUCUUAUCUGCUGGCUGGUACCUGAACUACAUCAGCUAUGGCCUUGACUGGGAGAAGUACUACCUCCAAGACCCAGAAGGGUUCCAAGGAACACCUCAACAAAAGGCUUUGGUCCAAGGUGGAGAGCUGUGCAUGUGGGGAGAGUAUGUGGACUAUACUGCACUUGUUUCAAGGAUGUUCCCCAGGGGCUCUGUGAUUGCAGAGCGGUUGUGGUCUUCUGCGAAUGUGGUUGAUGUUAACAAUAUGGCCGCGAGGUUGGAAGAGCACCGGUGCAGACUGGUUAGGCGCGGCCAUGAUGCUCAGCCUCCAAACGGGUCCGGUUUCUGUCCUUUUGUUGUUUUGGACUGAGCUUCUUUCAACAGUUUUUUAGUGUAAUGUAUUUUGUGACGAGGAUAUUGAGGAUAUUCUCCCCUUUCCGAAUUUGUCUCCAACACUUUUUUUUUCAAAUUUUUCAGCAAUGUAUGUAUAGAUGACAAAAUAUACAAAUGUGCUGGUUAUUUUCCAAAAGAACAAGAGCCUUCUUCUGGUGAACUUGAGAUUUAGUGAGUCUCCAAAACUGAUUUUAGCAUAUUAUUGAUGUUAUGUGUCCAUAUUUGUGAAAUCAACUGAGCCAAC